AUGAGGGCCGCCGGCCACGACGAUGACGCCCGGGAGCCGCUUAUAUUCGCGGGCGGACGAAAUGGCGACGGCGAUGACAACAGUGACUGCAGCGAGUAUGGCGCCGUGGCAUAUUCCUCCGCGCGAGGCCCCAGGGAGAAUGAUGGAGGCCUGAGUGAUGCGAGGUCCAAUGUCCAAGACGGCGUGAGGCGCAUAGAUGCACUCUCCCGGGCUUGGUCUCAAUGGGGUCUUGCUGUUGCUUACCUUAGUAUCUUCUUCAUGGCUUUCACCCUCUCGCUUGAGGGUCAAGUUACAUACUCGCUGGCCGCCUUUGCUGUGAGCUCUUUUCAUAACCACUCGCUGCUGUCGACUGUCUAUGUCGUGCAAGGCGUCGUGAACGCCGUUAUCAAGCCCCCCAUGGCCAAAGUUGCCGAUGUAUUUGGCCGUUUGGAGGCAUUCUGUAUCUCCAUCAUCCUCUGCGUGCUGGGUUAUGUCCAGAUGGCCUUGUCGCACAACGUCCAGACGUAUGCCUCAGCGCAGAUCUUUUACUCGGCCGGCUCGACAGGCCUUCAGAUCCUGCAGCAGGUCUUCAUCGCCGAUACGAGCAGCUUCCUGAAUCGAGGUCUUCUCUCUAGCAUCCCUGACAGUCCCUUUUUGGUGACUGUCUGGAUUGGCCCUGCCAUUGCUGCUGCGAUUCUUGCGCAUGCGAGCUGGCGCUGGGGAUACGCGAUAUGGGCAUUCAUUCUGCCUGUUGCCUUCAUGCCCUUGGCUCUCAGUCUGUUUCUCAACACCAGGAAGGCGCAGAAGUUAGGGUUACUUCCGAAGAAGCGGCAUCCUAACUCCCAAGAUGACGAGGAGUCUGCUCGGGCAGUGGCCAAGCGCCUCUUCGACGACCUUGAUAUCGGAGGCACCCUUCUGCUUUCAGGCGGCCUGGCCCUGAUCCUCAUCCCCCUCACCCUCGUCUCGCACUCGCAAUCAGGAUGGCACGACCCCCUUCUCGUUGCCAUGAUCGUCAUGGGACUCAUCCUGCUCAUCCUCUUCCCGCUCUGGGAGUCCCGCCCAAAUCUCGCUCCUCACCCCCUCCUCCCCUUCCCCUUACUCAAAUCCCGAACUUUCUGCGCAGGCUGCUUCCUCGCCUUCUCCUGGUUCGCCGUCUUCUACAUCGCCGUCCAACCCUACCUCUACUCCUACCUCCUGGUGGCCCUCAACCUACCCGUCUCCAUCGCUGGCCCAAUUACCCAAAUUUUCUCCUUUGCCUCGACCAUCGCCGCGCUGGUUGCAUCCCUCAUCAUCCGCCGUCUUGGCGAGCCCCGGCCAAGACCUUUUAUCAUCUUUGGCGCGGUCCUCUACACAGUUUCGGUCAUCAUCCUAGUCCAUACGCGUACCCGCGACGCAUCCAUCAUGACACUCUCCCUCGCGCAGACGGGGCUGGGCGCUGGUGCUGGUCUCAUGCACGUCUCUACGCAGCUGAUCGUUCAGGCCGCAGCCAGCAGCGUCUUUGCCAACUCUGACCGGAUGCCCUCACAAAGUUCCCAUGCCCAACAACAACAAUACGUCGGCGUUGCAACAGCCACAUUCCUCACCAUGGCCCAAGUAGGCGUUGCCGUGGGUGCCGCGCUCUCUGGGGCAAUCUGGGGCAAGCUCAUCCCGCUUAAACUGUACAAAUACCUGCCCGACACUGCAAAAGAAGAUGUGCAAAAGAUAUAUAGCAGCGUCGUGGUGGCAUGUAGUUAUGAGUGGGGCAGUCCCGAGAGGGAGGCGAUUGCUCGGGCGUAUCAAGAGGUCGUUACGGUUCUAUUGAGGGUUGCGCUUGCGGCAUGUGUGCUUGUGUUGGGGUCAGCGGGGAGUGUGGGAGAGUAUGUUUUGGGAGGGGAUGGCGUGGGGAGGAAAAAAGUUCGUGGGGGAGGGGGACUGAUGUUGAGGGUGAAAAGGUUGUUGUUGUUGGGAAGAGUAUGA